UCGGUGACCGAUGCUAUGACGCGCUGAACCUGCUCGAUAGGGCACUCAGCGAGAUCCCCGAUGCGCAGAUGCCGACACCGUUGCUUGACGACAAGGUCGUCCCGAUGCUACACUAUAUAACGCAGCACUGCCGCGACAAGGAGGUUCGCGAGAAAGGCUUGAAGUUGUUGGAGCGGUGUAUCACGCGGACGAGUCCGUGGGACAUACGAGGCUCGUUGCUGGGCAUGCAGGCCUUCCUAGAAGUUGAGGAGGAAGGAAGGGAUGAAAAGGGAUAUAUAUCGCCCAAUGCGAGAUACAAGUGGGUGUUGGCGCAGUGGAACGAGGAGCACACGGAGUACAGCCUGAAGAUUCAAGGUUUGACGUCUUCGGACGAGAGGCUGCUCACGGUGACUACAGCGACGACGGAACCUGUGCCUUAGAAUGUCCAGGUCUUUUGCUCGAAAAAUACUAUGAGGACGUUCACGAUCUGUUGUAAAUAUGUUCAUGAAUUCCACCAUAACAAGCUUAUGAUUUUGAGCCGCAAAUAUCUUUCGCUUUGACACAAUGUAGCAGUUCUUCAACGGGUUUUACACACAGACAAAUCAAUUCGUUCUGGGCAAGCCA